GGAAGUGUCGGAAGUAGUCUGCUUACGAGGCUGCAAUCUUGUUAGCUUCCUUUUCCGGUUAGCUUUCAUGUCGGGAGCUGCACUGUAAAAUACAGUUUCAAGAUGUUGAUGCCCAAAAAGAACAGAGUGGCCAUCUAUGAAUACCUCUUCAAGGAGGGUGUGCUGGUGGCCAAGAAGGACUUCCACGCCCCCAAGCACCCGGAGCUGGAGGCGAUCCCCAACCUGCAGGUGAUCAAGGCCCUGCAGUCUCUCCGGUCCCGGGGCUAUGUGAAGGAGCAGUUUGCCUGGCGCCACUACUACUGGUACCUGACCAACGAGGGCAUCCAGUACCUGCGGGACUUCCUCCACCUGCCCCCCGAGAUUGUGCCGGCCACCCUCAAGAAGCAGUCCCGCCAGGAGGCCCCCUCCCGAAGGCCCAAGAUGGCCCAGGACAUGCAGAACAAGGCCCCCGACGACCGCAGCGACUACCGCAGGGCACCAGGCUUGGACAAGAAGGGAGAUGUUGGACCCGGCACAGACACAAACUUCGACUUUAGGGGAGGCUUUGGCCGAGGGCGUGGACCACCGCAGUGAAGCUGUCUCGGCUGCUGGGUCAAUAAAAAGUUGGGCAGA